AUGGACCCUCUCAGUCAAGUUCCAGAGCUCUCUGAUGACUAUCCUUCUGGAAACAAUCCAGCGAAUUCACCCCCCAUAAAUUAUGAAUGGAACGAAAUACCAAAUGUUUAUAAGUCAGUCAAUAAGGAUGGCAAAUAUACGAAAUAUGAACUUUUGUCAUAUGUUACUAACUAUUAUGCCACAUUAAAUCCACGCUCGAAUACUGAAGAAUAUCUCGAGGAGAGCAGGAAGGCAAGUCUAGAUGCACUUAAAAAAUAUUAUCAACAAACAGCAUUAGAAGCCUUAGCAACUCGAAAGGGCAGUUGCAUAUCUGAAACUUCAAGUUUUCAGACAGGUUCAUCAUAUCGAAAGUCGUCUCUGUUUCAUACAUUUCCACCUUGGGGCGUUGAUCAACCUCCUCAUGAAGAACAAAGAUCAAAUAAGUCAUACAGUAUUGAUACAAACGUUGAUUUCCUGACUUCAGAGACAGCCAAAAUCUACUCAAAAUACCUUCAAAAAUGUUCCUUAAAUUCAGAUCCUUAUGGUUCAGAUAAGGAGCAUUAUGAAAACAUGUGGGUUCCUAUCUCUAAAUGGGAUCCUUAUCAUAAUAAGAACGAAGAACCUCAUCUAUAUACUUCUUACAAAAUAAGAUUGGAUAUUCCUUUUUCCGAUACAUCUCCGAUUUCUGUGACUAAACUAUACCCCCCUAUAUUUAGUGAAACAAAGGUUCCUGGUCUAGUUUACCACUCAAUAGUGAAAUUGGAAGGUAUGCUUUUUGUCUUCGGAGGAAUGUCACCAUGUUAUCCCUACUCAGAUGUCGCACCAGAUUUGUCGUCCUUUUACGUUGAUGGGAUCAAGAAUUUACCACCACCGCUUGAUGAAAGCAUUAUCAAUAAUCCUGCAAUGAUACCAAGCAAGAAACUUUACACAUUUUCUUACGCGUCUACUAAGUGGCGCGAGUGCGAAGUUAGUGGCCAAAUCCCACCUCCUUUAGUUUGCGUUCAGGGUUCCCUAUUGACUGAUAGGCACAUCUUUUACUACGGAGGAUUCGAGAUCAAAAAUGAAGUUAUUAUUGAUCCUAAGACCAAUGAAUAUUUCAUCAAAAAAAGGGCAGUUUUGAAUGACACAGCCUACAUUUUAGAUACAUUAUGCUAUAAGUUUACCAAAGUCGAAUUGGUUCCUCAACCGACAAAAUAUGUGAAAUAUCCUACAACUGUUCCAAGAUUUGGCCAUCUUCAAGUAUCAUUAAAAACGUACCCAAAUAAGCUGAGUAAAGGACCUACCACAGGUACAGAAUUCACACCUUCCUCUGCUUCUAUAUCUUCCACCGAAAAAAGUACAGGAAAUGGUACAUUUGAGGAUCCGAUUAUGAAUUUCGUGUCUUCGUCAAUGACUCUGAACUCGGAUAAUAUAAUUUCACCUACAUCUUCAAAUACACCUGGUGUGUAUAGCAUUUUGAUAAUGGGUGGAUAUUGUGAUGGUAAAGACGGAACCUUUGAACCAAUCUCCGAUUUAUGGAAGGUAGAGAUUACUAUUCUAUCCAGAGGCAAACGGAAUUUUAUAAGGUUUGCUGAAACGGCAUUAACAACCUUAAUAUCAACUCUCCCCCAAGACACAGUUGACGAAACAUUAAAAAGUGAGUUUUAUAAGAAAUGGCCUCUACCGAGAGGUUUUAUGGCCUACUACGUUACGGAUACCGAUUCACUUGUUAAAAAGAAAAUGGAUGAAGACCUAUUGGAGAAUAUGAUGCAUAAUUUCAAAAUUAUCGACAAAAACACCGAAAUACCUGUUAAAAGUGACUCGGUGAUUCCUGGAAGAAACACCAAAGUUAAAACAGUUCCCAAGCUCUUGAAUAAAUCAUUAAUUAUUCAUGGAGGGUCUGCAAACAGUUUUAUCCAUGGCGAUAUGUGGUGUUACGAUUUAGAUGAAGGUUCGUGGACCAAAAUGACACUUAACUCUGAAAACCAAGAAACAGGGGAAAUUAAGCCAGUAGAUUUUCCCCUUACAGGACAUUCCUUCGUACAUCACAAGCAAAUGACUGUCGUUGUUGGAGGGAUGAAUCAAAAAGAUAUAGACAAUUCUAGCAGUUGGAAAAAUUUAGAAAAGGCAUAUUCUCAUGAAUAUGAAACUCAUGACACCAAUGGCACUUUUACACUCAUUAGUCUCCCAUCACGGAUCAUACGAAAUUUUGAGGUUGACACAUUAAGAGAUGGAUAUCAGAAUAAACAAGUAGAGAAUAUCAUACUUUCAGCGUUAAGAUUAUCUUAUAACCCAAUAAUUUACGACAAAGAUUACAUAUGGACCGUCGGUGGUCUCAUUAGAGAUACAGAUAGCUCGAAAGUUUUUUUACGCGGCGCUAUAUCCCUUGUUAGCUUGCCUUUAAUUGAUAUCCCAGGUGUUUAA